AUUCGGCCAACGGAGUGAGAGUAAAAGACUUUCAUAGAGAAAUGAAUGCGGUACAACAAUCAUUCAACUCAUUGCUGCAAGCAUAUAUGUCGCAGCCGCCCCAAAUGGACCAGGCGAUCGACAAGCGCCGUAUAGAGGUAUUGCUUCAAAUAAACACCGUGCUCUUAUACAAGUGCGUCGCAUUGCAACAGUAUGUUCUGAAUCAGCAGAAUCUGACAUCUCCAAAUUACAAUGAAAAAAAGGAGCUGUAUCAUAACUAUUUGAAAAGAAUCCAUUAUAAUUUGACAUGUUUGGCAUCUAUAAAUGACAUUUACUCGAGCACCUCGAAUAAUAAAAGGAACUACACAUUGCCACAGAUGGUGUAUCCACCGCCUGAAUGUUUGGAGUUAUUUGAUCAUUAUAAAUUGUUGAACCAGCUCUAUCCAGAGGCGAUGCCAUUUUUUCAAAAAAAGAUGGCACUGGCUAGACAACAGCAGAUGCUGCAAUCGCAAAAUCAAAAAGCACAGAAUUCAAACCAGAGAUUCAGUCCUGCCUUUCAGCAGCAGAACCAAAAUGUAUCUUCCCCCCAUCCACAAAACCAAGCCCGGGCGAAGCAGACUUCUCAGGCCGAACAAUUUUCUCCCGCUGCAGCAGGCACCAAGAUGAAUAUAAACAAUGCUGCAGAAUGGAGUAACAAUCGUCAGAAAGAACUGCUAAAAAGACAACAGCUAUAUCAAGAAUUUCUUCAGCAGCAGCAGCAGCAGCAGCAGCAGCAGCCAUCACAGCAAUCUCCCCGGCUGCAACAGCAACCACCACAACAGCAACAACAACAACAAUUGAGUAACACUGCCACUCCUAAUUUUACAAGUUCAGCACAAUCACCGCAUGUAAAUCUUUCAAAUGGGUUUGGCAAUAACCUGAAUAUGGGGACCUCAACAAACACACCGGAAUUCAACUUUCAGCAGCAAAAUGCAUUCAACGCAGACGACUUCUCAUUACAGCUUCAGAAUGGUUCUAGAAAACUUGGGUCUCAGAGUCAAGGUCAAGCUUCAACCCCUCAAGUAGCUUCUCAAAUGACGCCACAUGGAAUAUUACAACAGGGACAACGAGGUUCUGAUAGCCAAUCUGUAACACCUUCUCAAAAUCGAUCUCAGGACCAGCAGAACUUCAUGUCGAUUUUAAGCCCUGAGCAAAUCCUUGCCCGAGCUGCAAGCACACAAAGCCAACAACCUUUACAGCAACCUUUACAGCAACCUUUACAGCAACAGCAACAAGUACAUCAGCACCAGCAGGCACGAUUUCAACAUGAUGCCAAUGCCACUGCUGACCAAAAUCAGGCCGCCAACCUAGGAGGGUUCAUGGGCUCGUGGUGACUCUUUUAUCCUGCACUAAAGAGUUAUCACCUUUAUUUAUAAUAUGUACAGUUAUUGCAAACUAUUUUUUAGUAUUCGUUCAAGAU